GCCUAUUUAUCUGAUUUCUCCCAUCACCUGUCUUUAUUACAGCAGCCCAUCCAUCCUCCAUCCAUCCAUCCAUCCACACAGGCGCAGAUGACAGGAGACGCCAGCUGGCCUGUUGUCCGCUUUACUGCUCUUCUAGGGAAAUGAUGGAGGUUAAAGUCCCCGUUUUAUUUGUGGAUUGUUGACUUCCUCGCCUUUGUUCAAGCUGACGCGAAUCUUUAUGAGGUAAAUUUGAGUGUGGGUGGUUAAGAGAGAGUGAAUGCUGGGAGUGAAGGAGAGGGAAGCCAGCUAAAGAAAAGAGGACAACAAAUGUUCAAGAAAAACAGGAUGGAGGGGGGAAUGUUGAGCUACAAUAUCAACAGUGAGCCCCAGUUGUGGCCGGUGGGCAUGGUUUUGGAGGGUAGCUCAGAGGCGCUGUGUCCCCCCCCAUCUCUGGAGCUGCGUCCAUCCUGCAAUAAGAGCCAGCCCUCGCCUCCUCUGGGCUCAAGCUCGCAACCCCACGACGGAGUCUUCUCUGAGGACAAGGAGCCCGUCAAGUACGGCGAGCUCAUCGUCUUAGGGCACAAUGGGUCACUGGCCAAUGGGGACAAGGGUCGCAGAAGAAGUCGCCUGGCCCUCUAUAAGAGACCUAAAGCCAACGGGGUCAAACCUGAUGUUAUUCACAAUGUCUCAACCCCUCUGGUGUCAAAGGCACUCAGCAACAAAAGCCAGCACAGCAUCUCCUACACACUGUCACGGAGCCACUCUGUCAUUGUGGAGUACACACAUGACACAAACACCGACAUGUUUCAGAUUGGCCGGUCCACAGAGAGCAUGAUCGACUUUGUGGUGACGGACACGGCGGGCAGCAGCAGUGGUCAGGGCGGGGGUGCGGCAGGGGAGGGUGGUGGCGGAGGCCAGUCGGCCCAGAGCACUAUCUCCCGCUAUGCCUGCCGCAUCAUGUGUGAACGCAGCGCUCCCUACACGGCCCGCAUCUACGCCGCCGGCUUCGACUCCUCCAAGAACAUCUUCCUGGGGGAGCGGGCCGCCAAAUGGAGGACGUCAGAUGGCUUGAUGGACGGCCUGACCACCAACGGGGUGCUGGUGAUGCACCCGGCGGGGGAGUUUGUGUCAGAGCCGGCUCCGGGCGUCUGGAGGGAAAUCUCAGUUUGUGGAAACGUCUUUGCCCUGAGGGAGACUCGCUCAGCCCAACAGAGGGGGAAACUGGUUGAAAAUGAGUCAAACACCCUCCAGGACGGUUCUCUGAUUGAUCUGUGUGGGGCUACUCUACUGUGGAGGACCCCCGCCGGACUGCGCCACACCCCCACCCUCAAACAGCUGGAGUCCCUUCGCCAGGAGCUGAAUGCCGCCCGGCCCCAGUGUCCUGUGGGCUUCAACACCCUGGCCUUCCCUAGUCUGGCCCAGCGCGAGAUUGUUGACAAGAAGCAGCCCUGGGUCUACGUAAACUGCGGCCAUGUACACGGCUACCACAAUUGGGGAUACCGCAAGGAGAAGGGCCCCGCCGGCCCCGGGGGCACGGCACCGGCCAGCACCGGGGAGAGGGAGUGCCCCAUGUGCCGGCGAGUGGGCCCCUACGUGCCGCUGUGGCUGGGCUGUGAGGGGGGAUUGUACCUGGAUGCCGGGCCGCCCACUCACGCUUUCUGCCCCUGCGGCCAUGUAUGCUCAGAAAAAACUGUGGUGGGGUGGAGCCAGAUCCCGUUACCCCAUGGCACCCAUGCCUUCCAUGCUGCCUGCCCCUUCUGUGGAACCUGGUUGACAGGGGAGCAGGGCCACAUCAAACUAAUCUUCCAGGGCCCCGUCGAUUGAAGCCCAGACAUGGGAUCCACAUGUGAUGGUGGAUUGAGCAGAGGUGGAUGUGCUGAAAAAAAUAAAUAAAAAGAUUGUGUGCUGGAACAAAAAUCUGAACACUCAAGUGUGGGAUGACAGAGAAAGCACUGAUGAGUACAGGAAAAAGACCGUUGACAUGAUGACCUGAAAGUGCCAUGCAAUAGUAGAUUGCCAAGGCUUCACAUGGAAUAUGAGGUGUAAGGAGAAUAUGUAAAUAAAUUGUGUUGAAAUGAA